AUGAAAUUUAGAGUUGAAAAGAAAGCACACAAAUGGAAAUGGAACAGGGUAGUGAAUACAUAUUUUAGUGGUAAAUUCACUUUGCUACCAUUUCAGAACAAAAGGAAUGAUGGUAUUUGGGCGGAGGAAGGUGAAGUUGUACCACCAGUUUUAAUUAAUGCACCAACGGAUAAAGUCAAAAAAGGAAUUAUUUUUUGGGGUGGAAUUUCUUCACAUGGACUUAUACCUGCUCGUGCACCAAUUUAUUUUACAGAAUGGCUACAUCAACAACCACCACAAAAGAAAAGGAAAUAUUUAACAGGUGAUUUAUAUGCGAAGUUUGUUACCGAAAAAGCUGCACCAGCAAUCAAACGAGUGUUCAGAAGUACUGGUUUUAUACCAAUCUUCCAGGACGAUCAGGACAGCAAGCAUAGAAUGGCGAUUGUGAUGGAUACUAUUGAUUCUUUAUUUGGCGAACGUAUUGAUUCCGAAAUAGGUGAUGCAAAAUUAGCUGAUGUUUGGGUGAUAGAGAAUGUAUCGGGUGCGAUUAAAGAAAGAUUGAGAAGGCAACCAUUUAAUGACGCAUCAGAAUUGGAAAAUCAAGUAGCCCAACAGCGGAGAACAUUUACUGUCGAAAAAUCUAUUUCGGAAACAAUUGCUGCUGUUGUUAAUGGUACAUCAUCUCCAUCUCCAUCAUCAACAACUCCGCCACCACCAAAACGUUCACGUCCAUCUCGCGCACGUUCUACUCCAACAAAACCUGGUGUCAUUGUUGCAUCUGCACCAGCAGCUCGACAUAUUCCAUCAUCAUCUAUUGAAGAUGAUACAAGUAGUAUGGAAAGUAAUAGUACAAGUAACAGUAUUCAUUCAACUAUGGCUGAUUUACUUGAUCGAUGUUCAUCUCCAUCAUCACAAACAACUCUAUUUGACAAUGAUAUUCGUUCAUGCUUAAAUGAUUUAUGUCAUCGUAUUGCUUUAACUAUGGAUGAAUCAUUAUCAUCAUCAUCAAUAAUCUAUAAUCCAAUACCAUCACCAGUAUUUAAACGUAAAAUUGAAGAACAAUCAUCAUCAAAUAAACGGCCAACAAAAAUAAUUAAUCAUGUUGAGGAACAAACACCGAAAAAAAAACGUAAUCGACCAUCAACAAAAAAAUCUUCAACAGAUGUUACAAAUGUAACAGUACCAAUAAGUAAAAAAGAAGAACUAAUUGAAAAAGAAAUAUCUGAUAGUAAACCAACAAUUUCAACAUCAAAUGUAAUUACACCACCCGUUUCAACGAAUUCAUCUGAUUAUAUUUGUGAAUGGGAUAAUUGUCGAAAAUCGUUUUCUACAGCACGAGCUGUUUUUCAUCAUGCAUGUUCAGCUCAUGUUAAACAUUCAGCUGAUUAUAUUUGUUUAUGGAAUGGAUGUGAUCGAAUAAAACGACAAAAAUGGGCUUUAAUUAGUCAUAUUCAAGAACGGCAUUGUUCUGAAUUAGCCUUUCGACAAGCUAGACUAAAAUCAGCUAAUCCUAUUCCAUCAACAACUGCUAAUGCAGGUACAAUACCAUUGACGACUUCUGCAAAUAAUGUUCCAUCGACAACAGGAGCAAUUGGUUAUGCACCUGAUGCUGCUUGGCUCGCUGUUCGACGUCACAUACAAAUGAGUUCUUUCGAUGAUUUAUUGGUCAAGGGUAAAGAAGGUCCAUUAACGAAAAGUAUUCGACUUACAGCUGCACUUAUUUUACGUAAUAUCGCUCGACAUUCAUCGAUUGGAAAACAAAAUCUUCGUCAAUAUGAACAACAUCUUGCAAAUUUAGCUCUUGAAUCAACGGAAGCAUCGAAUACACUUAGUUCGUGUUUAUUUGAGCUUUAUAAUUGA